AUGUCCUCUACAGGUAGUAUCAUCCCCACCACUGAUCUCACAGACGAUAUAACCGCUAUCAGAAAUAUCGCACAGAAAGAGAUCGACGCGGGAAAAGAAAUCAUAAGGUGGACUAUAAACACCAACUGUGAUUAUCAGAAUGGUUUCAUCCCAGCAAUAAACGCUAGACACAAAUAUUACCAUGAUCUUAAUGAUACAAUGGCCAGGGAUUACGAGUCCAAGCUAAAACUACAAAGUGUGGCCAGCUUCCAAAUAGAAGCUACUUUGGCUGCCUAUUUGGUGAUCCCAUCAGUUUAUUUGAUAUGUGGAGAUGAAUUAGAGAUUCCUAAAUCUUUGCAGGAAUUUAUGAUAGCCGAGGCUCGAACUUCAGGAGGGGUUAUGAAUGGAGAGCAGGUGUUCUGCGAACACAAUCCCUUUUUCAAGGAACCCGGAACAUACAGCUAG